GACAAUAAUGUUUCCGUUUAGUACUACGAACUGUUAUUAUCGUUAAUAUUUUCCGUUGCUUUCGUAAUGUUUCGCAUACAACAUUUGUACAUUCAUAUAAUACCGUACCCAUUUUUAAAAGGGAAAACAUAGUUAUUCCGUUAUUGACAUACGUGUUGCGAUCUGCGAUAGUAACAGUGUCUAUCGAUCAUUCAUGUUGUUGCCAUGUUUUCAAUUUUGUGCGAGUAACAAAUUGUAGAGUACCACGUGAUUGUCGUUUACAAAUAACCGUUAUGAUGAGUUAUUGUAUUCUAUGUUACGAAAAUAUAUAUAUACAUGAAUAAUGUAUGACGUGUGAGAACGUUACUGAAAAAUAUUUUGGAAUGCAUACAUUGUUUCAUAUUGACGCUUACAGAUCGAUUCUACACAAUUUAUUAGUGGAGUAUGGCGUUCUGAAUUAGGUUAUAAAUACAGGGAACUUUUAACAGUUAAUUACGAAUUCUACUAAAUGAACUUAAAUGGUGCAUUGGAAGUGUAAGCAUGGAUAAAUAUAAAACAGUUAAAUAUAAAUUUAUUAAUACAAGUAUUAAAAUAUGAGAAAUAGCUCUAAGAAAGAAGACACCCAUGUAAAAAAGAAAUAUGUCUUUUUUUCUGAUCCAGAUGUUAUUGUUCAACGUGCAAAAGCAUCUGCAUCAGCGGCUGAAGUUAAACACAAUCUUGAUCUUUAUCAACAGCAAAUAUCUAAAGGAAAGCCAUCUUAUUUGUCAACUGAAUUUGACUUAAAAGGUUUAGAGAAUUUAUUGUCGUACCACCCUGUACAACCAUAUCCAUUUACAUUUAUAAGUGCUGUAAAACGAAAACUUGCUUUAGAAGAUACUACUGAGAUCUGUAAACAGGUACACAAUACAAACGAUAAAAAUGCAGCUGAACCAGCUGUAACAGUAUUAAAGUCUAAUAGUGUUCACAAUUUACAUGAAAUUGUACAAAAAAUGGAUUUCAUACGACCAUUAAAAGUUCCUGAUUUGAAAAUCUCUGCUAAGAAAUUGGAUUUUGCCACUAGAGAAAACUGUGUAUCAAAAGAAUUAAUGUCAUCCAAAUUUGAAGCACCUUCCAAAGAACUUCUUCAUGAGAGGAUAGACAAACCUCCAAAAAGUUUUGAACGUGUUCAAAGAAAAUUAGACUUUUCAACAUCAGAUGUUUCUUCUACAAUAGCAAGUGAAAUAGAGCCGCUGAAAGUACCAAAUAUUUCUAUAUCUUCAAAUUUAUCAAAGAAAAAGGAAUACAUUAGAGAAAAUUCUAGAGAAAAAGAAAAUAGAUCUAAGAGAAUUAGAAAAGAUGAUUCUAUGUUCAUAAAGCAGGAUGAAAUGGGACAAGAAUUUUUAAAAAGAUCUAGAAGUCCACGACAUGUCUCUAGGAAAGAUUCUUCUGACAACAUAAGUGAAUCUGCAUCAAUUACAAAAUUAAAAAAUGAUAGAUUACCAUUGCACAUGCCAAGAGAAAGUGAUUUUGUUUCUACAAAACCAAAAACAAAAAAUUUUGCCACAUCUACUGCUAAAAAGGAUAAUGACAAAAGGCACAAAUCUCUUAAUGUACGGUCUUUAAAGUCCAGGGAUUCUUCUUUGGAAUCAAAGAAUAGAACUUGUAGUAAUGAAUCACUUUCUGAACGGUCUGCAAAGUUGACAGACAAAGUUACAGUAAGAGAGUCAAGAAAUAUGCUGGAAAACUUUGAUUAUCGAUACAAAGAUGAUUUAUAUUCAUUAAAACAAGCUGAUGAUCAGAAGCAUAUAUUGUCAUCAGAGAACAGGCAAAUAAAGCAACAUAAAGUAACAUGUCAGAGUCAAGGAAAAGCAGGAAAUAUACUGUUUAAAGAUCAACUAAAGAGGGUAUCCGAAAAAGUGAAACCUUCCACAAGUAAAAUAGAUAGCAAAAUUUAUGCUAUGAAUUCGAAAGAAUUCGAAGACAUAGGAAGUAUAAUAGAUUCCAAUAUGAGUGUUAGAACUCGAAGUCCAAAUACAACUUCUAUGCAACAAAUUAAAAACAAAGAUUGCGAAAGAAUUAUACAAAAUAUUAAAUCGAAUAAAACUACAGAAGAUGUAAAAUAUACAGACAUUUCUUUACAACAAUGUAUUAGCGCGAAUACAAAGAAAGAAGAGGAAUCAUAUAUGCAAAGCAUUACUACCACUACCAAACAAACAAGUAAUAGUAGUGAAUCUAAUUUAAAUGAUAGUGUUUUGUCGGAUGCUUUGCUUGAUCCAAGAAGAAUUUCUUUUAGAGAUGAGAGUCGUUCGCAACAAGAAGAAUUUUGUGAUUUAAUAACACCAGAUAUGAAUCUUGUAUCUAGGUCUAAACGGAAAAGACAACUUAUACAAAAUACUAAUAUAGACAAUGAUUCUAAGUGUUUAAAACAUAAUGCAAUUAAAACAGAUACAGAGCAAGAAGGCAUGCCAUUGUUGCAUCCUACCGCCUUGCAUAUGCAGUUUCAAGCUGAGUUGCAUCUCCUUGAUUCUUUUAAUGAAUCAUUGCGACAAGUUAUGGAUGUUGAGAAGUGUUUAUAUAAUGUUAAGCAGGAUCAAGAGAAAGAGUUACCAGUACAGCAUAAUCAACCAAGUGAACAAUCAAAAUCGCAUUAUUUUAAAGCAACAGGUGAAAGAAGUAUCGACGACAUGGAGCAUUGUAUAGAAAUUAGCAAACUACACAAACACGUUGCGACCGACAAAAUGCAUUAUACGACAACUCAGACUAUGACGAAUGAUUUCGACAACCAAAAUAAGAUAAAUAAACCAGCAGUGAAAGCAGUAGAAGUACAAACGCAGACGGUAAAUGACAUGGCAACGCAAACCGAGAUACGUCCAACGCGACGGAAUGUACAAAGUAGAUGUUCAGAAAUGUGUGGUAUUCCAUAUGAAAGGGGAUUUGUUGGAGAUAGUGAAGUUCCACAGCUUUCAUUGGAUUCGGCAGAACAAUUCGAAGAUUUAGAUCAAAUAGAAGAAAUAUCAUUACCUAGUAAAUUAAGGACAAUGUCGGAGAUUAGUUUGCACGAAACUACGUCGUCUAUACGAACAGAGACUGGAACAGAAAUUAGUAUUUCAACUAGAGAUAUAACUUGUUCCUUUAACAAGUAUUUAGAUCUAGAAAUUGCACAAUUGAUAAAAGAUGAAAAACAAAGAUACGAUAAAAUCGAGAUGCUGUUCAAGUCCCGUGAAAAAACCUUAAAUGAUCGAACAAAGAAAUUAGUGAAACUAGAGGAACAGAAACGUGCAUUAAGAGAUACUGGUCAGGAUAGUCGUGUUAGUUCUGUAAAAAAGAAGCAAAGAGCUUUACUUUUGAAAUUGCAGCAAGAAAAAGAUGAGAUGAACAGAUUAAAAGAACUCCACAAAAUCGCAAGUCAAGAGCGUAAACUUAUGUUACAAAAACAAAGAAAUAUGUUCAAUCCUCAAAUGUCUACGAAGAAUAUUUUAACGAAAUUGAAGAGAAGCGCGGACAGUCAAUCUCCGCGAAGAUUGUCCGGCCCAAUGAAAGGUUACGAUAUAAGGAGCAACAGUUCUAUGAGUUCAUUGGUUGAUUCUGAUAAGUCUCAACACGAUCGAUCUCAGAUCGAUGCGCGCAUGCAAAUAUCGGAAAGCGAAUUACACUUCUCUAAACUUGAUCUACCAAAGAGUAAUAAAUUUACGAACUUCAUCGAGGAAUCUAACGUUUCAUUUUUAAAAUUUGAUAAACCUAAUGAAAUAAUUCAAGGCAACAUAUCUCAAGAAAAGUGUCCUUAUAAACAAUUUAAAGAUGGGAACAAGACAAAAUAUGAGAUAAAGUCGAGGAAAUUUGAAGAGAAGAUGCCUAGGGCGGAUAUUUUAAGACUGAAAUUAUAUCAACACUCUAUUGAUCCAAAAUUGGUAGCGGGUCAUUCCAUCAGUACAUCUGGGAAGUAUCUCUUUGAAGCUGAUAAAUCUCCGGACGUUUCAGAAUUGUUGCAAAGCAAUUUAAAUAAUUCUGUUUCCGAGCACGCCAAAUCGGAGUCUGAUACCCUCGUGGAGGAGUUGUCAAAAAAGACGAAAUCUUCUCAGCUGACGGAUAAUCAUUUUCAAAGUCUAGUCUCCCCAAGAGAGAGAGAAUCUUUGUCGAAAGUCACGACCAUAAAUAGCGAAAUCGUACCGGAGGAAAUAAGUUCUAUCAGCCAAGAUGUGGUAUCGAAGAUAUCAAAAUCAUCCCAAAUUUCUGAAGACCUCUUACAAUCGCAUUCGAAGACUUCUAAAAAAAGUAACAAGACAACUCCGACCGAUACAUCCAAAAAAUCUCAAUAUAAUUCCGAGUCGAAGCCAAAUGUGAAACGUCGAAGUUCAAAAUGCCAAAAAAGUAAAUCAUCGUCUAGUAUACUUACUGAAAAUGUGCAGCGAUCUAAAUCGAAUUCCCAAGUGUCCGAAGAAUUUAUCAAGCAUCAUAAUAAACGGACGAAGAUGGAAAAGGAAUGCACUCAGUCCGAUAAAAAUGAUGAAAAUGCAAUUCUAGAUUGCACGGAUCACGAUGAAAGUCUGAGCUCUCAACAGACUCUGAUCAGACAUUCCAAACCUUCGAAGGAUAAGCAUUUUAAAUUAUUGAACGAUAGAAUAGACGAUUACGAGAGUAAAGAGAAUAUAUUAUGUCAGAAAGUAUUCGACAAGAACGUGGAAGCUUAUGAGAAUUCGUUUUAUAGCGAAGACAAAAGCACGCAGCAUUUGGAUGGUGCACCGGUGAAAUCCGAGAUCAGUAAUUUCACUGUUUCUCAGCAUGGUUGCGGGGAGAGCGAUAGAAAUUAUUCUAAAUCCGUGGUCAUUAGAUCGCAGGAUCAUAAUAUGAAAACUUCGAGGAAACUUGAACAAAUUUUGAAUGCACGCGAAGCCGCCCUUACGUCGCGGAAGAAUUGUGUGGAAGAGUGGAUGGCCUGGCACGCGAAAUUAAGGACUGAAGAAGAGCGCGUUGCACGAAUGGAACAAGCCGCCCUUAAACUUGUCACUGCAACAUCCAAUGUUUUCUCUCAACAAGAGAGGAGUGUGUGUCCCUUUAUGGACACAACUGUUUCAUCCGAUACUAGUGACAUAGAAGGAAGGAUAGAAUUACUUACUGAAAAAUUGGCAGAACGGCGGGUGGAAAUGUCACGUUUAAAAAGGGAAGCCAGGAAACAGACGAAACAGAAAUUAAGAGCUUUAGAAGCUAAUUUAUUAAAUCAGAUAAAGAAAUAUGACACAACUAUUCAUGAGAUGCGUAAAAAGCUGGAAUCGAAAAAGGGAACAAGUAAGGACAGUGAUAAAUUAGCGAUAGAGUCCAAAUCGUUAGCAGAUUUUAAAGUACCUGAGAUUCCUCUGAAGAGAAUACAAGAUAUAUUUAAGAAUAGCGACUUAUUAAGAUCAAGAUCAGAAUCUGAUUUAUUGUGUACCAAGAAGCCAAUUGCGGAGCACGUAAAAAAUACUAAUCUACUGAGGAAUGAAAGCAUCGAAAUUGAAUACAAUAAGAAUAAUUCGGAAAAGGUAACUACAUCCUUCAGAAGCGUACGAUCAUCGGAACAAUUGAGUUCCUCGAAAGUGAACACUGUUCAUCAAAGUGUUCAAUCUGUUCUCGACGAAAGUAUAUCGGAGCACAUCGAGUCUGACAAGCUCGGUUCGGCAUCAUCGGUUACUUCCGAUGACGUUUGUUCCGACAGAAACACUUCUUACGAAAACAAAACGUACAUGGAUGAAACGCAAAGUAAACGAAUUUCGAUAGCGGGGAAGAAGAGCAGUAUUUCAGAGGACAUUCAAACCGAAGUUAAUGCGGCAAAGUCGGAAGACGACAUAGUCACGCAGUCGGAAGCUAAACUUUCUAAAGAUGAAGUUACAAUUCAUUCUGAUUUGGGAGAAUACAAAUCGGAUUUCCAUACGGUGUCUGAGCAUUCUCAAGCAAAAUGUACCUCCUUGCAAUCUGAUAGUAAUAAAGUAUGUAGUUCGGAAUACUCUGAGAUUCCUUUAGAAAAAUCUAAUUCAAAAAAUUCUAGUAAAGAAAUAUGCACUGAGACUGCCAAUGAAAAAGUCGACUCUUCUCGAAAAUUGGACUUCUCGUGUUUGAAUAACAAGAAUUUGUACGAGGAUAUAAACUCCCUUGAAAAUGAACUGAAAAUUCUUUCAGAAAUGAUGUCGCGUUUCAGUAAAAGAUCAAACGAGGACUCGAAGAAUAUUGAAGAGAAAAGUACUUCGAAGGAUAUAUCAGAUAUGCUUCUGAAGUCUGAUAAAAGCAACGAAAUUCCGACUGUAGAGACUACCAAAAAUGGUGAAAGUAAAAGCGUCGAGUUGGAUCAAACAGAAGCCAGCCCACGUAUUUCAGAGUACUUAACUAAUACUACAAAAUUGAAUUCAACAAGUGCUUUCAAUGACAAUAAAAACAUAGUAGAAGAAGUUGAUAAUGUAAUGUCUGUGAUAAUGCCACAAACUGAUACAUCUCUUCCUAACUCCCACCAUGAAAUUGAUUAUAAAGCAAGAAGUAAAGAAAUUUUAAAUGAAAUUGAAAAAUCUAUAAUAUCGGAGCGUAUUAAGGCUACCGAUGACGAUGCAAAUCGCUCGAAUGUGUUAGCUGAGAACAACAAAUUAAGUACAUAUGAGAUAAAUGAAAAAAUAUCGCAUAAUACUUCUUCUGAGAGUUACAUGAAAUCUUUAUCCGAGGAAUACUUAAAAGUAACGCAGGAUAAAAAUAGUAUAAAUACCGUAGAAAGUGCUUCUGAAAUAGCAUACCCUAGCGAGAAAAGAACACACACGGAAAAAAGUUUAGACGAGUCGUAUAACUUAAAAAGUUUGCAGUUGCUCGAAUCAAAUAAGGAUUCGACAUCGCCAAAAUCUGUGACACCAUCGGAAAAAUCUAAUCUACUUUUGAAAGAUAAAUCAUCGAUUUUGCAUACAGAUGCCGAUCAUAGUAUCUCAGUGCACGGUACUGUUACCACAGAAAGUCAUUCGGAACUCAAUGUCAGUGUAUGUUCUGAAAAAUCUCCUCGGAAUGUUAUACAGCCGGUAACAACUGUAAAAUCUGCAACUAUAUUAUUGACCAAAUCAAGUUCUCCGCAAUCUGUACAUACAAUUCAGAAGACUGAAGUAAUUGAGAAAGUAAUAGAUUAUGCGAAAGAUGAGGAACGUCAAGAUACAAAUAGUGUAUGUUCAGUUUCAAAAGCAGAUAGUUUCAAAUCGAUGUCGGACAAGCGCAAAGAUGAAACUAAUUUACUUGUAACAAACGAAGAAGUAGGAUUUGAAGGGAAUUCUUCAAAGUCCGUUAAAACACCUAAGGCAAAUGUAUCUGACCACAGUGUCAGCUUUAUUAACAAAGAAAUUAGCAAAGAUGAGAGUCAGAUAAAGGCAAAACCCAUAGAUAAAACUUCUCUUGACAAAGAUGAUUGGACAAUAUCUGAUUCCUUUGAUAUUCAACAGGAUGUCACCAAUUCGGAAUGGGAGAAAUCUCAAAGUCAAAACUCAAAAUUCAACGAUGAUUCAAGCGAGUUAGUACAUACAAAGGAUACGUCUCAAUCAGCUGAUAUUGAAAUUGAAAACUUUGAAGAGAGAAUAGAAAGUGAUGUUGAGAAUUUAUCCUUAUUUGUUCCCAAAGGUGAAUCUACGAAUAUCGAUGCGUACGGAGUCAAAUUUGAUGAAACAAUACCGGUUUCAGAUAUUAAUAAAGCUAGUAAUAAUAUUGACGAUAUAUUUUACAUCAUUGGUAAGGAUAACGAUGCGGAUCAAAUACAGGACGAAACUGUACAUACUAUAGAAACCGAUGAUUUCCAAAAUGCUAUUUAUGAGUCUGUGACUAAAAUAUUGGAUAAAGUUGAAAAUAGUAUAGACAAUAAUUCGAUAAAAGAAAAAAUUGAGAAUCAUUCCCAUAUCAGUGAAAAUAGAACUGAAGCGAAAGCAACUGUAAUUGAAGAAUCUAAAUUUGUGUCACAUACUUCCGAAUCACAGAACAAGUCCGAAAACGAGUUUAAUGUAAUUAAAGAUGUACUGGAUAAUAAUAAUGAUGUGGAGGAAGGUAAAAUAUUAGAAAUCGAAGACCAUAGCGAAUCUGUUCUUGAUUACAACGUAAGCAAAGAAAAUAAAAAUGAUGAAGAUGCACAUCUCAUUGAAUGUAAAGCUCAAGAGAUUGUAAUAACAGAACUGGAACCUGGAAGCACGGAAGAUGACACUUUAUCGGAUCUUGAAAUCGAUGCUAAAAUAGAAUUUGCAGAAGAGGAACAGCUAGAAACAAAUAAAUGCGAAGACAAAGUAGAAAUCCAAGAAAUACAAGAGGAAAAAUUAUUGGAUGCUACGGCAGAAUUAGAAAGUUCUGAUGGGGAACAACUUGAUAACUUGAUAGAAGUAGCUGAAAGUGGAUUGGCUACUAUAGAGAAACAGCCUUCUGUUUCUGAAACAGAAGAAAUAUCACCCGACGUGACAAAAUUGCAACUUAGUAAGUCCCAAGAAUGUAAAAUAUGCAGCCAGGAGAAUAAGGACAGUUCUGCAGCUGUGUACAGUCUGAUAACUGACUGUGCUGAAGUGAACGUAUCUAAUGUACCUGUGGAGUUAAUAAAUAAAACAUUCAAUAUUCUGAAAGACCCAGAAUAUGAAGAUAUUUCAGAAGAAAGCCUCGAGGUUUCUGAAAUCUUUGAUAAAAGUGAAGUUCAGAAAUCUGUUUCUGUACAGAAAUCGUAUCCAAUACCAGAAAGGUAUGAAGUGGUACAGAAAUCGGAAGAGGUAUUGAGAAUACUUGACGAAAUCACUCAAAAAUCUUCACCUAGUUCUAAUCAUGACGAGGAACAGCUUCAGAAUCACGAAGAAAUUUCAGAAACUGAUAUAAAAAUGGAAGACAAUAUUUCCAUGAAAGAUGAUAUUUUACUUUCGAAAGCUGAUGAUCAAGCUGAUCAGGAUAUUGGUAACCAAAACGAGCAAUUGUUUGGAAGUAGCAAUUUGGAGAAUCAGAUGUCCGUAACAGCAGUAGCUGAGGAUGAAAAUCGAUCGUUACAAUUAAUAAUUGGCUCGAAUGAUGCAGAAGAUAAGGAAAACCAAGAACAAGAUGCAUUGUCUGAAUCAAGUGAGGAUAAGGAUACACCGAAAGGUGUAUCGGAAAUCGAGAUGGAUUCUCCAAGAGAUGCUAAUGAUUCAAGAUUAUACAUUGAUGCAUUAAACGAUGAUUUGAUGAACAAUGUUAGUACCAAAAGUGAAAAUGGGGAUUCUAAGAAUACAUAUCACGCUACACCAAUCGUUGCUACAUCUGAGAAGGAUAUAGAGGUCAUGAUUGAUAAGUUAAAAGCAUCACUGGAACAACCCGGCCUGGAAGUUUCAGAAUUGGAAGCAAAAGUAUUACGCAUUCAACAGCUUCAAAUUGAAUUAGAGAUUAAAAAGUUAGAAGCAGAGGAGGUAUCUUAUUAUGUGAGAGAGAUACCUAACAAACCACCACCACCGUACACCCCACCAGGUGGUGGUACCAGAAUUUCAACAUCGCUUGGAUCACCUUCUCCUCCGCCAGCUGUGAUUCCCUCGAACAUAGAAGAACUCACCGCGUUUACCGAGAAGGCAACAGCAUUAAUAUUCCGAGCUAAAGAAGCAGGGGACGAUAUAAUGAGUUUAGAAGCUCCUCCGGAGAUUUAUGAGCUAACCAAAGAGAAUGAUGAGACUGUAAAGAAGGAUAGAAGAAUUUACAAUACAUUCCUCUUCGAUCUAUGCAAAGAAACAAUCGCUGAGGUUUACCAAGCUGAAUAUGAGAAACCCGGUCCCAGUUGGACGAAACCAAAUGUAAAGACAAAACCUACCAUGAAAAUUCCGAAAACUAUAGAAGAACUUAACGAGUACGUCAACAAAGAGGUGGCUACAUUGUUCGGUUUCAAGACGAAAUUGCAAAGAGAAAAUAUGGUGAUGCGUUGGAGUAGGAAACGAAGAGACAGGGUCGACGAAUUAUUGGCUAGAGAGGCGCAAGCCGAAGAAGAUGAAUGGACCAAAUUUCAUCAUGACGAACUUGCUGUAAAAAAUGGUCUUACAGUGGCUAUAUUGGAUACCCUCCUAAUGGAAACUGUGAAUAUAGUGAAAGUGGCUUAUGCGAAGAAAAGAAGAGUAAUGAUUUAGUUUGUCUUUUUUUCUUUAAUUAUCUAAUAUAAUGUAGUAGCUAUAUGGAAGUAGUAUACUUUUAUUUUAACACUUUACACGUUGGCCUCAACUGCCAUACUUCUGAUAACUUUAAUCAGUGAUUAUUCUCUAUCUGUACUAUUUCCGUUUUAUUCGCGACUUAUAGGCUGGAUCCUAUUUAUUUCAUUGGUAAAUUGAUUGUCUUUCAAUAACGAAAGUAUGAACAUUUACUUAAUUUCAAUUGAAUUUCAAAGGUGUACGAGGUCCAUUUCUGAAAAUAUAGGAUUGUAGAUGAUAUUGAUAAUCAGUAACCACGAUGCGUGUAGAUAAUUCAAUAAUCAAACGCCCUAAAUGUAUUUGUAAUAUGUCUUAAGAUUAAGAUUAUUAUUAUUUUAUUAUCAUUAUUAUUAUUAUUAUUAUUAUUUUCAUCAUCAUUAUCAUCAUCAUCAUGAGAACGUAGUAUAAGUACAUACAAGUUAUGUUUGCAUAUAUGUCGUAAAGUAGCAUAUUUAAUAUAAGAAUCCCGUUGAUGUUCACUUGAAAGCGACAUGUAGUUACUGGUCCGAUAAUUACGAGUGUUUUGUUCGAGUAAUAUGUGAAAUGCUAUUUAUGCAAAUAGCGUGCAGAGCAUGUAAAAGAAAUUUCAUACAAUUAGAGAUUUUUAUUUUUUUAAAAUAUAGUCCACAUCCUAUUCUAAUUCAUUUAUUUAUUACCUUCUACUAAUUGUCCAUUUUUGUCGUUUGAAAUUUAAUGUUGUAUCAAUAUUUAUGUAUUAAACAAUUAUUACCAGCAAAUGAAAUGAUAUUGUAACAAGAUUGUGUAAUAUUAUUCGAACAAAAUGCUCUGCGAAUAAUGAUAUAUAAUAGCGUUUUAGAAGUCAUCGGCUGUGGAACGUAAUUUGUAUGUUUUUAUUAUAGCAAUAGAUUUUCGACCAUUCAAGAUUACCUCUCAUGUCAUUUUCAUUCCUCUGGUGUCAUCGAGACGUAAUUAUAUAUGAUUCAAAGGAGGCAGUCAACAGGUAGUUUUGAAUGGUUAAAAUCUUUUAUUCAACCGCAGACCUUGUCGAACUUCAUACAGUUAUGCUCAACUAUUUUUAAUCAAAUUAACAAAAUUUUAACUAAAAGACUGAUAUCUUAGGGCCAUUUCAAUCCAAAUUACAAACAUUUUAAGGAAAAAUGUAAGUACAUCGUACCCGGCAGUAAAAGUCGGUUAUGAAUUGGUAUUGAGAGAAUUCUUAGUGUUGAUGUUAUAUGCAACACCAGAGAUAGCUUCAUAUUUUAAUUAUAACUCUCUUAUUACGUAAUGAUUAAUACAUGGAACAUGAAAGCAUUAUACUUGUGUUAUCAAUCAACAUGCAUUAAGAAACUGAUAAUCAGUUGUGUGUAUAUUUUUAAUGUGUUUUCGUCGGGGAUACACUGACACCAGUUCUGAUGAACUUUAUGUUUAAGGUUGUGAUGUCUAAUUAAAUGGGCUAAAUAACAUGUUAAUUGUAUGACAGUGCAGAAAAGACAAAAUGAAUGUCUUAGUCUUAACCCUUUGCAAAGCAGUUGCGGUUCAAUAGUAAACAAUUUGUAUAGCCGGAACAGCUACUGCGUUAAUGAUUAGAAAUACGUUCAUCAAACCCAUGACAAGACACGUAGAAUAUUUAUUUCUAUUAAUAAAUAAUCAUUAUCGUUCCGUCGAUAGGUUUCAAUGGACGCUUAUAUAAUUUCGUAUACGGGUUAAAUAUUCGCAAAGGGUUAAAUUAUAAGGGUUAUAAUAUAGAUAUAGAUAUAUAUAUAUAUAUAUAAACACAUUUGAAAUGUGUCAUGAGUAUGUGCUCGUUUCAAUCUACGUAUGACCUCCGAAUUUUUAUGUGAUUUCAGAAUGUAUAUAUGACUACGCUCAAACUUUUAGUGUGCACACGCUGCUAUCUUACUAAAAAAAAUUUAGCUGAUUUCUAAGUUAAUAACGAUAAUAUUCAUAAUGAUUUAAGUCUAUCGUUCGUUACGAAAGGAACAUGAUUUAUUUUGUACUUUUCAUUGUUGUUCAAACCCCUUUUUAUUUCGUGAUCAGCUCUCAGGGUGGAGGCUGAUCGCAUUGUAGUUGUUGUAUGUAAACAUUGUUCACACAUGUAGGGUUGAAUAUGUACUUAACUAAGGUAUAUUUUAUAAUAAAUUUUUUGAAAAUUUUAUGAUCUCGUUUUAUGGUCAAUUUCGUAUAAAUAC